AUGAAUUUGGUAAAAGUGAUGGCACUUUUACUUACAGCUGAUAUUAAAACAUUGAAUCAAGAUAUUUAUGAAAAUGGAACAAAUGAAAUUCUCCUUUCAAAAGUUCGUAAUGAAGUGUUUAUUAUUUCAUUUUCAAAAUUUGGCAUUGCGAAUAGUGAAUUUAAAGCAGAACUUGUUAAAGAAGGAAAAAUUAAAUAUAUUGGUCUUUCUGAAUGUUCCGCAGAAACUCUUCGACGUGCUUAUAAAGUUCAUCCUAUUGUCGAAGUCCAAUUUCUUGGACUCUUUGAUAUUGAAAUAAAUGGAAUUAUCGAAGCUUACCCGAAUUAG